GCUUGGAGCUCCCGCCAGUCUACCAGACAAUCUCGUUGGUAGUUGAUGGUGCGUGAUAGUGUUGUUGGCCUCUUCUAGCUAGUGCCAAGUUAAAUAAAAUAGAGUUUGGAGCAGAAGUUUUUCAAGGCACUAAUCUAUAACAAAAACAUCUCCCUUGUGAAUCAUGGAUCGGAGUUCGAAACUACUUUUAGUGAAAAUUAUUAUCGAUUUCACUUGCGUAGCAAUAGUUGGGUUUACGGUACUCGGACUGUAUUUGUUUGGCCAACCCUACCAACGAGGAUUUUUUUGCAAUGAUGAAUCACUGAUGCAUCCUUUCCGCGAGUCAACGGUUACCAAUACCAUGCUCUAUAUCGUUGGAAUUCUCUUGCCUUUAUGUGUGAUGCUUUGUGGUGAAUAUCUACACGCAAAAAAUACCAGCGGACAGUCGUCGAUGGUAUUAUUUGGUCGUGUAAUACCACGCUGGGUGGUACUGGCCUAUCACAAGAUCGGAUCAUUUGCGUUCGGUGCUGCAGCAACGGUAUUGACCACUGACGUGGCCAAAUAUGCGAUUGGUAGACUACGCCCACACUUUAUAGAACUCUGUAAGCCAAGUAUCAAUUGCAGCCUGCCGAUAAAUCAUCAUAAAUUUAUAGAACACGAUCAAUUUACAUGCACUGCGUCUAAUGUCAGUAAGAGACUGUUGAAAGACGUCAGAUUGUCGUUUCCGUCAGGUCACUCAUCAUUCUCCACCUACGUCAUGAUUUAUCUAGUUUUAUAUUUACAAUUGAGAAUAACAUGGAAAGGUAGUGCGAUAUUCAAACACUUUCUUCAGCUUGUUCUUAUCUUGUUGGCAUGGGCAACGGCAAUGUCAAGGGUUUCCAACUACAAGCAUCACUGGAGUGACGUUCUCGUGGGAAUGCUUAUCGGUGUAAUCGUUUCCUUGAUUAUUGUAUUUGGGGUAGCGGAUUUAUUCAAAGAAAGACGACAAUGUGGAGUAGCAAAUGCUGGUCAUGGUGAUAAAACGCGUGCAAUGGAGUAUGAUGCUGAAACAGCGAUGCAGCUUGUCAAAUAAAUAAGAAUAUCGACGUGACUGCUGUGGCUUUCGCCUUGAUGCUGCAAUGUUCCUCCAGUUCGUUAAUCCAAGCUACAAUAAUUACCCGACAAUAAAGUCAACGAUGAUUAUAUGAGUCUGGGGUAAAUUUUGGUGACUGGCCUGGUGCUACUUUAUGAUGUCACGUCAACAAUUUUAUACAGCUGCUGCUUCUUACUCUUCAUCGUCCUCAAGACCACGCACGAAUUUUAUUUAUUUAUUAUUUUUUUUUUUGCUUCAAAGCUUUUUAUCUGCAGUUCUCAUUUCGUUUUGUCUAAAAAAAAUUUAUAUUAGUUUUAUUGUUUAUACGUUAUAUUUAAUUUAGUAAUGUUUUUUUUUAUUGUAUUUUAACAUUUGGCAAUUGGGUCUGAUAUUAUUUUUAUUUUAAAUUGUAUAUAAUUAUUUAAUAAUUAAUACUUUUUUAUACUAUACUCUAUAGUCUGUUGACAGUAGAAAUAUUUAAUAAUAUUUAACUAUAAUUGAUUAAUAUUAUUAAAUAGCGUAUACAUUUUAUAUAUUUGUCGAAAGUAAUUAAUUAAAAAAAAAAAUAAUUACGAAUGAGUAUUAUAGUUUUAAAAAUGGUAUUAGAUCAGUUUAGAAAUAUUUAUUUUUUAAUAUUUUAUUAUUGAUUGUACCGUUGUACUUUUUGUUGGAUUUUACUUACACGUGAAUGGAAAAAAAAAUAAUGGAUUGCGAUAACGCUGAUAAUUAAAGUCACGUGUUAAAAAAAAAACAAACGAGUUUGAAAUUAAUGCAAUAAUAUUUGUGCUUUAAUGCAGAGAUGCAGAAAAACAAAAAUGAUUGAAAUUAUUUAUACAAAUAUAUACACAAUAUUUAUAAUUAAUGAAGUAUGAAAAUAAAUUUGUAGAAAUUUUA